GUCUGAAGAGCUGUAGAAAGGAAGUGAGCGAAUUCUUUAUUAGUGAAUUGUUGUUGCUAGUUGACUUGUUUCUCUAUGCGCUUAACCUCUUCAUAACCAGAUAUCACACAGCGUUUUAACGGGACAGUCCUGGGCACAUUUCCCACAGAAAAACUCCGCAGUAACUGUAGUUUCUGACAGCGAGUAGCGGUAACCGGGUUCCAGCGACCCCGAGCACAAUGCUGCUCACAGUGUUUUGUGCACCGAGAGACCGCUCGGAAACCACUUUCGCCCUGGACGUGUCCCCGGAGCUUGAACUCAGGGAUUUCUUGGCUCUUUGCGAACUAGAAUCAGGAAUACCAGCCAGGGAGAUUCAGAUCUCCUAUGCAGAGCAGCCUUUACAAGAUCCCACUCGAGCACUGGGAAACUAUGGGCUGAAGGAUGGAGAUGUGGUAGUGUUACGACAAGCAGAGAGGUUACUAGGCCCACAGCCUGCAGUUCCUGGUCUGCCUCGCAUCGAUUUCAGCUCCAUUGCUGUUCCUGGGACCUCCUCAGGCCAAAACAGACAGCACCAAGCCCAGCGUCCCAGUGCCACCCAGUCAGGGCCGCCCCAAGCUGCUGCUGCUGCCGCCACCACACCAGGCUCAGCCCUUUCUCCUCAGGGAUUGGACAACCCCGCCUUGCUACGUGACAUGUUGCUGGCAAAUCCACAUGAGCUGUCGUUGCUGAAGGAGCGAAACCCACCUCUUGCUGAGGCUCUACUGAGUGGAGACCUUGAGCGCUUCACCAAGGUGCUAUUGGAGCAGCAGCAGGAUCGAGCCCGAAGAGAGCAGGAGAGAAUUAAACUGCUGACUGCAGAUCCUUUUGACUUGGAAGCUCAGGCCAAAAUUGAGGAAGAAAUCAGACAGCACAACAUUGAGGAGAAUAUGACCAUUGCUAUGGAAGAAGCACCUGAGAGUUUUGGCCAGGUGGUCAUGCUCUACAUCAACUGCAAAGUCAAUGGACACCCAGUAAAGGCCUUUGUUGACUCAGGAGCUCAGAUGACAAUUAUGAGCCAAGCAUGUGCAGAAAGAUGUAAUAUCAUGCGUCUAGUGGACAGACGCUGGGCAGGCAUUGCCAAAGGUGUUGGCACCCAGAAAAUUAUAGGCCGAGUUCAUUUGGCCCAGGUCCAGAUAGAAGGAGAUUUCCUGCCUUGCUCUUUCUCGAUUUUGGAAGACCAGCCCAUGGAUAUGCUGCUAGGCCUUGACAUGCUGAAGAGACACCAGUGCUCCAUAGACCUAAAGAAAAAUGUCCUCCUCAUUGGGACGACGGGUACAGAGACACGUUUUCUACCUGAGGCAGAACUGCCUGAGUGUGCCCGGCUGGCAUACGGGCCAGAGGGACGAGAGGAUACCCGGCCUGAGGAGAUUGCAGAUCGAGAACUGGCAGAGGCAUUACAAAGAUCUGUGCAGGACAGCGAUAUUGAAGAUGGAAAAACUACCUCACCACAAUCCCUGCCAUUUAAGCCCCUCGACCAACCCACAACAUCUUCAGCCUCAAGUCACCCCCACGGUCUCACCCUAGACCGUUCCAAAUCUGCCCCAGCCUUUAUAAACCAGGGAGCAUCCACAACUGAAAUUUCCACAUCGAUUGAAUCCUCUCUACUUCAGCCCUUGAAAGUUGGUGAACCCUCUCCAGAUCCCUCUGAUGACACCUUCAGAUCUCAGUCCCAAGGACUGGGCGAUUCAACACCGUCUUGCUUGCAAACAGAUGCAGAUGCUCCUAUCCCAAGCACUCUUCCCUCUCAGGAACCAUUCUCUAGUACUGUGCCCGAGGACAAUGAAGUGACAGGCGACAUUGUUUCUGGAGAUUCCGACAGUCUGGCAGAUGCAGAUUUGAGGGAGAAUAUCACUUCCUCCGGGACUGUAGCGGCAGAAUCGCCCUUUGUUUUUAACCCAAGGUCUCAGACUCAAACGCUGGAUCAGGAAGUGGACAUGGAUGUUUCUUCCAAUGCAAAACCAGAAGCUGGCCAUGACUUUCCUGAUCAGUUCCAGAGCGACCAAGGUAGUAUGAUGGAGGAUGUUUCAGGGGCUCAACCACAACCUGUUCUAGAUUUGAACCUUGAACCCUGUCAUGCUGAACCAACCAUUUCUACUGUCCAUUCAGACUCUGAGAGUGUAGUACCUUGUGAAAGAGACCAGUCGGAGACAGACAACAUCCCUUCCUUGGCUCAAGCUCUUAAGGAGCUGCAUAAACUUCUGAUGUCCAACAGUUGUCCAUCCGUUUCUGGAAGGAUUCCUCUGUCCGAUGCUAAUGAUACAGCACCUAUACAAGAUGUUGAUGAGGUGGAUCAGGAACCUGCUGCAAGAGAUCAAGUCAUUCUGAACCCAACUAUUGACUCAUCUUCUAAUACUGCCACAAUAGAAGACAAAGAGGAAAGUGUUGCCAAAGCUGACUUAACUUCUCAAUCAAUGAGGGAUUUUCUAGACACACCAACACCAAGCAAUCUAAGGCACACAGAGAACCAACCUUCUAGACUGAAACAAACGCUUGAGCACCCUAAUGUGGCUGAAGCAAAUCAGGCCCUUGUUUUUGAAGAAGGAUCUGAGCUGGUUACUUCUUCCCAGGGAGAUCUAGAGCUCCCUGAGGUUCAGCAAAUGCAGGACAUUGUGGACACAAACACCUCAGGCAUUGACAUCUCCGCUGACCUAUCUCAGCAGCGCCCGCUUUCUGUAGCAGCUGGCUCAUCAACCGAUUCCAGCCUAGGGCCUGUUGCAUCUCCUCAAACUCGAGCCACUGAAACGGAUCCUCUUUUCCUUGGAGACUCCAUCCGAGUUGCACCACAGCCCUCGAUGGGACAGUUUCCACCAGAGCACAUUCAGAGGAUCCAGGCAUCAGGGUUUUCAGCCCUUGAGGCUGCUGAGGCACUGGAACAGGCUCAAGGCAUUGUAGAGCUUGCCUUAUUGGUGCUGCUUGCAAGAAAGAUCACUGUGCCCACUUAGACUCCGAAUCAACUCUUAGUGGUGGCAUCAGAUAACAUAUGAGCCUUUUUCAUCAUGUGGUUUUCCUUUAGCAGUCCUCGUGGUUUUGUACUUGAUGGUCUUCUUCUGGCUCUUCUACUUUGCCAACAUACGUUUAAAAAAAAAGAUGAGGUGAGAAGCUGGCCAUAUUUCCCUUUCAACAAAACAAUGUCUGUGCGGUUUUUUUUUUUUUUUUUUUUUUUUUUUUUUUUAAGUUUUGCAUGUUGCCUCAAUAGUUCGUAAUGGAUUGUUGAUUUUAUUGGUUUGGUUUGAAUACAUUUGAUAAACUGUCAGACAGGAUUAUGAGUAUUUACUUGGUGGUGGGGCUCGGUAAUAAAAUUCAACUUGUGGCAGAAAUAGACCUGUUUCCAAUCUUCCAACAACUGCAUGGUUUUAGAUCUCGAAAUUGAUUUACGUGCCUGAUGUUUACCGAUCUUAAACUUCUAAAGCAUCUUACUAAAUUUAUUUUGUAUGAAUGUGAUCAUAGGAGCAGAUAGUAAAUGGUAAAGCACCCAGAGUCCUUUUUGCUGUUUGAAUUGGCAAUAAUGUUCAAGCUGAGGUCAUUUUCUCUUCAGUUAUUAUUUUAUUUGAUAGUUGCCAAUCCUGUAUAACUUGACAUGUUUUCAAUAGGUUGCCUUUGGAAAUUAUUAAAGAAUAGACUUUACCAUACCUUGUUCUUAUGUGUUCAUAGUCCACCCUUAAACAGUAUCGUCAGUUUUUUGUUAAUGAUAUAAAACAAAUUUGAAGGGGAAGUUAUAACAUACUUUUAUUAUCAGUAGUGUCUCUUUUAUCAGAAUCAUGAUGUUGUGAAUGUGGCUGUAGUGUUUUACAAUGUGUUUUUGAAUUAAAUGAACCAGACAGGAAAAAGCUGGUGCUGACAAAGUCUACAGGAAGGUGUUUUUUUUUUUUUUUUUCCCCCUUCCCCGUCUGUCCUUAGGGCAGCAACCACUACAGUUUGUUGGGAAGUCUGUGUUUUAUUCUCUUCUUUGUUGUCCCUUGUCUAAACACUUGAUUUCGGUGUAAAGUUCUGAUGUGCCCUUUCCAGCUGUUUGUGAUAUUUUGUCAUGUCUACCUUCUUGUUAUUUUGUAAUCUCUGGGUCAUAUAUCAGUUGCAUUCAAUCUAUUGAGAAGCUCAGUUUCAUCUUGUAUACAGUUUAAAAACCAAAUAAAAGGAAAAAAGUGAUUCUUA